UUCCGAGAUACAUAUUUACGUAGCCACGAGGAUAACGAACCAUCGGCGCAGAGAAUUUAUUAUUAUUAUUAUUAUUAUUAUUAUUAUUAUUUUCUUUCCAUUCCCCGGGGGAAUCGAUCGGAGAGGGCUCAAUGGAGUGCUCCUAUUGGGCGCCGUCGCCACGCGCUCUCCCCUCCAUUUCAAAUCCGUCGACCGUUGGAUGCGACCUCUCCUCUUCUCUCCUGGCGACGCUUCGGUGGCGGCGAAGAGGCGGGCGCAAGCGGCUUCUUAGCUUCCGGGCCGUUCGGUGCCACAAGAUGUUCGUUCCCGGUUUCGGAGAGGCUUCCCCGGAGGCGAAGGCGGCCGGCAACCUCCAAAACUUCUUCACCUACGUCGCCGUGAAGAUCGUCCUCGCGCAGCUUGAGAGCUACAACCCUGAGGCAUACGGGGAGUUGAUGGAGUUCAUCAGCCGUAACUCUUUAAACGACGGGGACACCUUUUGCAGAAGAUUAAUGCGCGAAUCCCCAAGACACAAAGGUUUAGCUCUACGUAUAUUGGAGGUCCGUUCUGCAUACACGAAAAGAGAUUUUGAAUGGGAAAACCUCCAGAAGUUAGCUUUUAAGAUGGUUGAUGAAUCAAAUACUAGGCUUAUGAGGGAGUAUGUUGUAGAAACCAGUCACAUGGAAAAUGAUGAGCGGUGAGCUAUCAUUAGUUAUUACUAAUAGUUGUUGGUAUUUGCCUACAUGAAAAUAUGUAUAUACGGACAGCUUUGUAGAUGCUGUAGACCUGUUCGUUUUAACGUAAAUAGACUUUGAGUUGAAGUAAUUUUUGAGUUGAA